GCGGAAGAGCCCCAGGGCCCCGCUCCCAUCGGCAGGCGGGCCCGCAGCUUCCCCUGGAGCCCGGAGUCCCUCCACAGCCCCCGGCGAACCGGGGCUCCCUGCGGUGCCCUCGGCAGGCCGGCCCCUGUGCCCCUUCGUCCCUUCGUGCCCCCCCGCCCCCAGCUCACUCUAUUUUCAAGCUGCCCCCCCGCCCUGUGCUUACUGGUCAGCGAGCAGGUUGAAGAUGAAGUAGAGUUCUGACCAUGGACCAUGAUGUCCCCACGAUCAGGCCCCGACGCAUCCAGAACCAGAAUGUCAUCUACCGCCUGGAGCGCCGCCGGAUCAGCUCUGGCAAAGCUGGCACCCACUGGCACCAAGUCCGUGUCUUCCACCAGAAUGUCUUCCCCAACUUCACUGUGGUCAAUGUGGAGAAGCCACCCUGCUUCUUGCGCAAGUUCUCCCCUGAUGGCCGGUACUUCAUUGCCUUCUCCUCUGACCAGACCUCUCUGGAGAUCUAUGAGUAUCAAGGCUGCCAGGCAGCAGAAGACCUGCUGCAAGGCUAUGAAGGAGAGAUUCUGGCUAAUGGCAAUGACCAAAGAUCUGUCAACAUCCGAGGGCGGCUCUUUGAGCGCUUCUUUGUCCUGCUCCAUAUCACCAAUGUGGCCUCCAAUGGGGAGCACUUGAACCGUGAGUGCAGCUUGUUCACCGAUGACUGUCGGUACGUGAUCGUUGGCUCUGCUGCCUACCUGCCUGAGGAGCCUCACCCACCCUUCUUCGAGGUUUAUCGCAACAGCGAGUCAGUGACCCCUAAUCCCCGGUCCCCCUUGGAGGAUUACUCCUUGCAUAUCAUAGACCUCCACACAGGCAGACUCUGUGACACACGGACUUUCAAAUGUGACAAAAUCAUCCUGUCUCACAACCAGGGACUGUACCUCUAUAAGAACAUCUUGGCCAUUCUCUCGGUGCAGCAGCAGACUAUUCACGUCUUUCAGGUAACACCUGAGGGCACAUUCAUCGAUGUACGGACUAUUGGCCGCUUCUGCUACGAGGACGAUCUCCUGACUCUGUCUGCGGUGUAUCCUGAGGUGCAGCGGGACACUCAGACGGGGAUGGCCAACCCCUACAAAGAGCCCUUCAUCAACUCUUUGAAGCACAGGUUGCUGGUGUACUUGUGGAGGAGGGCUGAGCAGGAUGGAAGUGCCAUAGCAAAAAGAAGGUUCUUCCAGUACUUUGAUCAAUUGAGGCAGCUCCGCAUGUGGAAGAUGCAGCUUUUGGAUGAGAACCAUCUUUUUAUCAAAUACACUAGUGAAGACGUAGUCACACUGCGGGUUACGGAUCCCUCCCAGCCUUCAUUCUUUGUUGUGUACAACAUGGUGACCACAGAGGUUAUUGCUGUAUUCGAGAAUACAUCUGAUGAGCUGCUGGAGCUGUUUGAGAACUUCUGUGACCUCUUCAGGAAUGCCACCCUACACAGUGAGGCGGUCCAGUUCCCCUGCUCAGCUUCCAGCAACAAUUUUGCCAGGCAGAUCCAGCGCCGGUUCAAAGACACUAUUGUGAAUGCCAAGUAUGGAGGACACACAGAGGCCGUGCGGCGGCUGCUGGGCCAGCUCCCAAUCAGCGCCCAGUCAUACAGUGGCAGCCCGUACCUCGACCUCUCGCUUUUCAGCUAUGAUGAUAAGUGGGUGUCAGUCAUGGAGCGGCCCAAGACCUGCGGUGAUCACCCUAUAAGAUUUUAUGCUCGUGAUUCUGGCCUCCUGAAGUUUGAGAUCCAGGCGGGACUCCUGGGGCGACCCAUCAAUCACACAGUGCGACGCCUGGUUGCGUUCACCUUCCACCCCUUUGAGCCCUUUGCCAUCUCGGUGCAGCGCACUAACGCAGAGUAUGUGGUUAACUUCCACAUGAGGCACAGCUGCACGUAGCACCAUGGCGUAGUUGGGGCGGCUGUUCUCCUUGAGUCUGCGCCUCUGCCACAGACGCACCAAAGUCAGACACUUGCGCCUUCUAGGAAACCAAACCAUCACUCAAGAAACCUGACCUGGGAGCUCCUACCAGCCAGCAUCUCACAGGGCUCUCAGCUGUGGAAAGCCGAUCCGCUCAAGUUAGGCCUGUGAAUGCUUCUUCUGACCUUGCGGUUUACUGUAGAGAUCCUGCUGCAUUAAGUGCUGCAUUAAGUGGAUGAACAAAGCUGAGCUGAGGUUCCUUUCCUGGUUUCACAGAGAUGUGUCCAUUUUCUCUUCUGGUGUACGUCUUAGGAUGGCAAAGAUGGAGCUUUGCAACACAUUGUGGAGCGCUCCCUUCUGCACUGGCACUCUCCUACCUUGCUGACACAGUCUGUAUAGAGGGAAUGGAUGGAAGCAGAAUAGCUUAAAAAUACAGCUACCCAUGUUUGUAUCUUCAAUGUUACUAGGGAAAGGAAUCCUGUUCUCAGCCACAUGAUCUACUCAUGUGAUUUUAAUAUGCAGGAGGUCAGGAAAAACAGGUGUCAGAAAUAACUGCAACUGAGAGACAUGAGGUGUGUUCCUGACUCUUAUGCAAGUCACUUAAUCUUUGUGCCUUAGUAUCUGUAGAAGCUCUUAAGUGAGAGGUGGUGUAUCAAUACCAGAAAGCCAGGGCAGCUGGCUGUGUCUCUGGUGCACGAGGAGGUGAGCACAGGAGGAAGAUGGGUGGCUGGGAAGAGUGUAGGGAGCAAUAACAGCUCCGUGCUCAUGUUGGGAGGACUUUUCUGCAGCAUGGAGGUGAACCGUCACAGCCAUGUGCAGGUUCUGCUGCAGAGGGGAAGGGAGACCCAGCUGCUGGCACCCUCCUGCAUAUUGGGGUGUGAGGGUGGAGGAUUAGUAGCAUUCGGGUUUUCCCCAGAAAGGAGGGAGGAGACCUGAAUUAAUGUGCAUUGCUGCAGAUUUGCAGUUAGGAGACACGUUUGUUGUCUAGGUUGCUUACAUAUCACUGUUUGAUACUCUGUUCUCUGUGAGAACCUGAUUUGAUGUUUGCAGGCUCCAAAGCACAGCUGGCUGGUGCGUCAAUGCUGACUGGACCACUGCGAUAUGCAUGCCGCCAAUAAAAUCAACUCCUUGGUGUAAUGUUACCUGCCACUGUGGCCUAGCGAGGAUGCUGGCCUGCCCUUCUUUCUUAAAAAUGGAGGGUUUGUUUGUAGGAUGACAUUUGUUUUUUUCUGCACACAUGCUGGUUUAUGACUGUGCUGCCAGACAGUACAACCAUCCCAGCAUUGCGAGGUGCUCUGUCAGAAGCUGGAGCCUGCUUUUGUUCUGUUCCCAUGGGAGGUACAGAGGAGGUAUUAGAAAAUCGGUGCUUAUACACAGGAGAUCCUCUACUUUAAAGGACCCUGUGGGUGUCUUGUUUGGACCAAAAUGCGCUGCGCAUGAUGUGCUGUGGCCACAUGCCUGUGAAGAACAGUGUUGAAGUCAUGCAUUCAUUUUGCAUGGUAACACAUAGGAAAAGAACUGUGGGUUGUUGGUGCCUGCUCAUAGCAUGAAUAGUGGACCUUGUAGUGGAGGGUGCCCUCAGCUCCUUGAAUCAGCCUUUACUCUCUGUCUCAUGGUACUUCUUUCCUCUUUUGGCCUUGCAAAACUUUUUUCUAGGGUAAGACAUUGUAUUUCACCACCCUUUUCCUGGUGUUUGCACUGUUGGUUUCUCAGGUCUGUCAUCAGGUCAGAAGACUGCUAAAAAGGAGGUGUCAGGCAACGCGUGCUUUAGCUCCAGGUUCAUCUUCAUCUAAUAAUACUAUUUAUCAAGGUUUUAGGUUUUUAUCCUGUGAUCCUUUCCUCAAACAUUCAGUUAAAGCUCCAAGUGGAGAAUCGUUUGCACAUUGUAGGUCAGGGAUUUAUCUCUUUCUGCACAACUUUCACAUUUGUUCACACUUCCAGUAUGAGAUUUUUUUUUUUUCUUUCCCAAAGCUUUCAGCAGCAACAUCCAAGACUGGGUUUACUCCAUGGUGUCACACCUGGGAGGUCAGUGCUUACUAAAAUAGCUGUCAGAUCUCCAUUUAGAUUUAUGUUUUUUUUUUUUUUCCCGGUGGCAAAAAUAUAAACCAUUUCGGCAUUUCUGCAAUCGGAGCUUUUGGCAGAUUCAGUCUGUCCUGUGUGAAGCAGAGAGCAUAGCAUGGAUUAUUGGACUGGGGGCUGAGACCAGAGAUCUGCUCAUAGCUAUUAAAUUGUUCUCUAACUGGGGGCAAAUCUCUUCCUGUUCCAGCUGGUGUUUUAUUCUCUGUAAUUGAGGCCAAAACAUAUUUUCAAGCCUUUGUUAAACACUUGGAGAUUCAUGGAUAAAAAGUGCUGGAUAAAUGCUAAGUAUUUUCUUAUUAUGUUUGCAGAUCUGCAAACUGAUUGAUUGUUCUGGGUACUAAUUGCCUUGGAGUAGCAUAGCAGAUCCUCUGGUCUUGGCUGCUGCAUUUUAUAUCUACAACAGAGUUAAUUUUAUUACACAAAUGUAUUAAAAGAAAAGUCUCUCAUGCUUGAAAUUUUGAUUCAUUUAUUUAAGAAACAAAGUAUAUGUGUGUGGUUGGGAGGGCGAGUGGAAAGGGGAGAUAUUUUCUACCUGAUAUUUUUCCUAGGCUAGGAUGGAGGUUUGUUAGUAACACAAGACAAAAAUGGAAUAAACGGAAUUUGCUUUAAGAGCCUGA